GGAGUGGCUGGGCUGAAUACCAGAACACAGGAUAUGCUUCGCACUGCUCUCAGUUUCACAGCAGCAGCAGCAGCAGCAGCAGUGAGGACGACACGCUCUGCAGUCAAGAUGAGUGCUGGGGAUGUGGUCUGCACCGGCUGGCUCAUUAAAUCCCCUCCAGAGAAGAAACUGAAGAGAUUUGCAUGGAGGAAACGUUGGUUUGUGCUUCGAAGAGGUCGCAUGAGCGGUAACCCUGAUGUGCUGGAAUACUAUCAGAGUAAAAACUCAAAGAAGCCAAUCCGCACCAUUGACCUGAAAGAGUGUGAAGUGGAGAUGCUGAACGGGCAGCUCCGAAUAAAGCGUGACUUCCAUGAGAAGCACCUCUUUGUGGUGAAGACCUCAUCUCGUAUUUUUUACCUGGUGGCCAAAACUGAGGAGGAGAUGAACAGCUGGAUCAGUAGCAUCAGUCAAAUAUGCCAGUUUGGUAGCCUGGAGGAUGCAGAGAGUUCAGAAGAAGGCUUUCCUCACACCCCAACGUCCCUUCAGCCGUCACCUGACAGCUCUGACAGGGUGUCUGUAUCAAGUCAGCUAGAUUCUAGCCAUCCACUGGACUACCUCUUUCUCUCACAGUGUGAGACGGGGAGUGUAAGCAUUAGUAGACAUGACAGCUUUUCGAACUCUGAGAUCUCUCUGGAGCAGAGGUCAUCAGACGAUGCUUUCAAGGACAUCAUUCCUUCACCUCUUUGCAUCGAUUCCUCUUCGUCCUUCAUCUGUCAUGCUGGCCACAGUCCAUCUCUUUUCACACACGGAAGGUUAGCUAACCCUCCCUUCAGUGCUCCGUGCCCCUCCAUGGCUUUCCCGUCGUCCUCUUCUUCUCCACUACAUCACUGUGCCACGAGUGUCUUCCAGUUUGACAAUUAUCCUUCUGCAUUUGACGCAACAAGUGACAGGUUAACGCCUCCUCCACUGCCACCUAAGCCUAACCACCGAUCAGAGCAGCAAAGUGAGGAAGGAGCUCACAGGAGGUCAAUGAGCGCGCGGCACUUCUCAAGCCAAACUGCAUUAUUUUCCCGGAGGACCUCUUUGUCAGGCCUGGACCACUUCAAAAUAGGAGAUGCUGACAGCAGAGCGAUGAGGAACAGAAGGCAGAGUCUUAACUUGCCUUGUUUAAAUACCACACGAGUUCAAAGCUACCAGGAUGAGUCAUAUGUCCCUAUGGCUUCCCCUUCUCCCCCUGUUACCGCUGGUGAAUCUGACGGUUACAUACCCAUGAGCCCUGUGAGCUUCCUCAGUGCAAACGGCAGUACUGAGCCCCCCCCAAGCCCACUAAUACGUCAACCUGCAGAUAUUGCACCACCUCCAAUUCACCGGCAUCUCAAGCCUUGCUUGAGGAGAGCUCGACCCCCACCUCUUGAUUUGAGAGGCCUCUCUACAAUCACAGAAUGUCCCACUCGUAUUCCUCUGAGCAGAACAAUGACUGAAUCAUGCUUUCCAAUGAACUUUUUACCUCUUGAAAGAAGACUUGACAAUGGGGACAAUCCAAGAGAUGAAGACACAAUGGAGUCAAGGCAACACUUCUGUGUCACCUAUGAUGGAGUAGGUCAGCUCUGGGCGAGAAGAUCCAACCUUGACUAUUUGUCACUGGAUUUCAACUCCGCAUCUCCCUCUCCUGUGCAAAAGCAGAAGCCAUUUCUGUCUGAUGAGUACAGAGUGGAUUAUGUGCAGGUGGAUGAGAAGAAGACUCAGGCGCUGCAAAACACCAAAAUGGAGUGGACAGAUGUCCGGCAGUCAAAAACAUAAAUGGAAAAUUCAUGACGAAAAUAUCAGGCACACUUGGUUUCAAGAAGACCAACAUGGACUCAUAACACCAGCAAGACGACAUGACGAGGACCAAAAGCAAUUUAGAAGCACUUUGAAAAACAGUAUUGAAAUAAAAGAGCAUCAUGGAAACACAAAAUUGCACUGUAAAAAAAUCAAUGAACUCUUAGUAGAUCUGUACUGUAAAUACUGCCGGAUUGUUCACUGUUCCCAAUGAUUUUUAAUGUAGCAUAAGGUUUCACCAAAUUCUGAAAAGGGCAUCAUUUUGCUUUAUUGUAAACAUUUGUGAGACUUGUUGUAAUAUAUGUAAAAAUAAUUAUGAUUGUAAAGAAGAAAAAUAUUUUAAUGAUAAAACAUUUUUAAAUAUUUCUCUCCCUCAUUAUGUAUCCGUCCACGUUAGUCCAGUACUGUGUUCACAUCAGGUAUCACAUAUUCUAAUGUUGUUCAACUACUUUUGCCAUCUUUAAGUUUGUAAGCUGGAAACUUUAAAAUGAAGUUGUAAACUUUAUUGAUACUAUAGCUUAAAUAAAUCAAACACUUCAAGGAGAAGGAUGGACAUUAGCGAGCUGUGGCAAAAUCUACUCCACAGCAGUUUUUAUGACCACAGGACUCUCACCAGCCACUCAUGCUGCUGCACCAUCACCAUCUCCGCUUUCUUCUUCUCCUGAAACCCUCUCAGGUGCGGUUGUUUGAGUUCCAUUAAGGGCAUAAAAUGAAACUAUUUCUCAACAACCUUCUGUAGCACUGUUGCGAUAUUUCUGUGUUUCUGAAACAGUGGUCCAUUAAAACAUUCAAAGCUUUGA